AUUUAAUCCGAUAUGAGUCUGUGCAGAAUCAAAAAGUGUCGUUUUAAGCCAAGCGAUGAGGCACUAAAUCAAAGAAUCGCAUUUGAAUUAUCAAAAACUUUGCCUUUUCUUCAUAAAAAGAAUGGUAGAAAUAGGUUUAAAUCUCAAAAGAAAAGCUCACUACAAUCAAUGAAAACUCUGAAUCAUGCCAUAUACGACUCUUGAACGCCACCCAAAAAUCCUGAUCCUUAUAACUCAAUUUUUCAUUUUGGUCACUCAAAAUCCAGGAAAUCUCCCUUAAGAAUUCGCCAGCCUCAGAGCUCAGAUGGAUCUGACACUGUAACUAUUAAGCCAUACCAAAGUAAGAUGGCCCUCAAGCUAAAACAAACUAGCUCUUCAAUAAUAAGCAGGAGCAAGAGCAGUCUUUUCCCUGGUGAUUCUUAUACCAACCUGAUCAAGAAGAAGACCUUGAUUAAAUAAGAAAAAGCUCAUCAAGCAGUACCUUAAGACACAUAAGUAUUCUUUUGCAAGAGAGAUCCCACUUCCUUUGCUAGCAUUAACAAAAAAACAGUCACCAUUCGAUACUCCUAAUAAAUUCAUGGAGAACACAUGUAUGAAGCAUGAGAAAGAAGGAUUCAUGAGAAGGAACAAGCUCUUGCUAGAGUAUCUCCUUCACGAAAGACUAAAAAAGACCAAGUAG